AUGUCACCCUCACCUCACCUGCGUUCCCUCUCCCUCUCCUCCUCUCUCCAGUGGUAUUUCGCAUUGGUGUUUCGCCUGCUGGUGCAUGAGAGCCGGGCCGGAGGGGUGAUUGGCAAGCAGGGCAGCAAGAUCAAGCAGAUGCGGGAGAGCACAGGGGCAAGGAUUCGCAUGUGCUCCGUUCCUCCUACCAUUCCAUCAGAGGAGCGGCUGCUAGUCAUCUCCUCGCCCCCGUCGUCCUCGUCGGACCCCUCACCAGCGGAGACGGCUCUCUUCGCCAUGUUCCCUGCUGCGCUGCUGCCGCAGGACGGUCCUCAUCCCAACCAGAACCGCCAGCAGCAGCAGCAGCAGAGGGCAGACGAGUCGAGCCGAUCCGUCUUAAACCUGCUAGUGCCGGCGUCACAGUCGGGCGCUCUGAUUGGGAAGGGAGGCCGGGUGAUCAAAGACAUCCGCGAGUCCAGCGGGGCGUUUGUGCGCAUCACAGAUGGGCCCGCCUCUCCUUUUGCACUACCAGCAGAUCGGCUCGUGCAGGUCACUGCAACAGCCCCGAAGCUGGAGGCAGCACUCAAGGCGAUUGCGAGCGUACUUAAGGCCAACCCACCACAGGAGCCGCUAGAGGAGAUGGAAACAGCAGGGUCCGUGGCAGCAGCACGCUCCACCAUCACCCCCUAUGCUGCCGCCGCUGCAGCAGCAGCCGCACAGCAAGCAGCAGCACUGGCAGCUGGGACCGGUUCGGGGAUUGCAGGUUUGGGAUCUGGUUUGGCAGGAGGUUAUGGCUCGCCAGGAGGUCCGGUGGGAGGCUUGGGAAUUCCGCCUGCGUAUGGUUCGGCAGGAGGAACGGGGCUGUACGACGCUGGGCUGGGGUUGGGAGGGAGCGGGUUAGGCUCGGGAGCGCUAGGUUCGGGAUACAUGGUUGCAGGCUUGGGGGGGGGGUUGGGGAUGAAUUUGGGCAGUAGCUAUGGGGGAGGAGGUUUGGGGGGAGGGGGAGGGGGAGGGGCAGCAGCAGCAGGAGGAGACCUGAGUUGGGGCCUGGGGAUGGGGUACCAGGGUGGUGUGGGAGCGGGAGGAAUGGGGGGGAUUGGAGGAGGGUUGGGUGCGGUACUGGCCAGCUAUCAAGGAGCAGGAGGAGCAGCAGCGGGAGCAGGAGGAGGGGGGAUAGGGGGAAUGGGGAGUGGUACUGCUGGUGGUGGCUCUCUGACUGGAUUCUCUUCAUCCCCGAUGGGCCAUACUUCCUUCUCUUCUGCUUCUGGUGCUGCUGGUUACAUUGAUGCGUCUGGUUACCACCCUCCGUCUGGCUACCCUACUUCGUCUGGUUACCAGCCUUCGCCUGGUGCUGGUUUUGAUGAUCCUUCAAAGCGCAGGAGGGUGCAGGAUCGUCCCUUUGUCAAAACGGAGGCAUCCGAGCCUGAUGGUCACGGCCAGGGCCAGGGGCAGGCUCGGAUUGAGCUUCGGUUGCCGGGGCAAGCGAUAGGAUCGGUGCUGGGGAAGGGUGGGAACACGAUCAAGAACAUUCGGCAGAUGUCCGGUGCCAACAUCAAGAUCCAGCCCUCGGAAGAAGGAACCACGGACAGGAUUGUGGAGAUUUCUGGCAACCCAACUCAGGUGUCGAGUGCAGAGGCUCUCAUCAAGGCAUGCGCAGCUGCAAGAUGA